AUGGGCGCCGAGGCCCCGGGGGGCGGGCCGGCGCUGCGGGAGCUCCUGCGCGAGGCCGACAGCGGCCUGCUGGAGUGCCAGGUGUGCUUCGAGCGGUUCGGCCCCCGCCAGCAGCGGCGCCCGCGCAACCUGCCCUGCGGCCACGUGGUGUGCCUGGCCUGCGUGGCCGCCCUGGCGCAGCCGCGCACGCUGGCGCUCGAGUGCCCCUUCUGCCGGCGGGCCUGCCGCGGCUGCGACACCAGCGACUGCCUGCCGCUGCUGCACCUGCUGGAGCUCCUGGGCCCCGCGCAGGCCGCCCGCCGCGCGGCCCCCGGCGGCCCCGGGGCGCUCACCUGCCGCCUGGCCUUCGGCGGCUGGGGGACCCUGGUGAACCCCACGGGGCUGGCGCUGUGCCCCAAGACCGGGCGGGUCGUGGUGGUGCACGACGGCAAGCGGCGCGUCAAGAUCUUCGACUCCGGGGGCGGAUGCGCUCACCAGUUUGGAGAGAAGGGAGGCGCUGCCUGGGACAUCAAGUACCCACUGGACGUCACGGUCACCAGCGACUGCCACGUGGUUGUCACCGAUGCGGGCGACCGCUCCAUCAAGGUGUUCGAUUUUUUGGGCCAGCUCAGGCUCGUCUUCGGAGGCCCGUUCUCCUUGCCGUGGGGUGUGGAGACCACCCCUCAGAACGGGGUGAUGGUCACGGACGCCGAGGCAGGGUCCCUGCACCUCCUGGAAAUGGACUUUGCAGAAGGGGUCCUCCGGCGCACCGAGAGGCUGCACACGCACCUGUGCGGCCCCCGCGGGGUGGCGGUGUCCCGGCUCACCGGGGCCAUCGCGGUCCUCGAGCGGCCCCUGGCGCCGGGGGCCGGGACCUGCGGCACCACGGUCAAGGUGUUCAGCGCCACCAUGCAGCUCAUCGGGCAGGUGGACACCUUCGGGCUGAGCCUCUUCUUCCCCUCGGAAAUAACAGCCUCCGCCGUGACCUUCGACCACCAGGGGAAUGUGGUGGUUGCCGAUACUUCCAGCCACGCCGUCCUGUGCUUAGGAAAACCUGAGGAGUUUCCCGCACUGAAGCCCGUCAUCACCCACGGUCUUUCCUACCCUGUGGCACUGGCCUUCACCAAGGAGAAUUCUCUUCUUGUGCUGGACAGUGCCGCCCAUUCUGUAAAAGUCUACAAGGCUGACUGGGAGUGA